AUUGUACCACACAAAAUGUACUCAUAAGUUGUGAAAUUAAUAUGUCCGAGUGAUUUUAACGUUUGGGAUAGUCGAUCAGUAGUACAUAAUUGGAAGUGAUUGUUCCCAAAAACUUUCGAAUGAAUAAAUGGAUAUAAUGAAAGACACUAUAAGGUAAAUGGUUGAAAACUGCAUGACGUAUGACGUUUGAUUGAUUAAACUGACAGUUCUCACGCUGCAAACAGCCGGCGACAUCUCUACCCGAGAAAGUUAACCAGCACCAAGAAACUUUGUGAUGCCUGAUAUAUAGACAGCUAUUAUGGAGAAUGGAGAUUCUGUUUUCUUUCUCAUUACGCUUGGACGUCUAAGCAUCUACGCCUGAUGAUUCAUGUUUGACAGAAAAACAGCUGACAGAGGAAAAUAAAUACGUGAUAAAAGAAUAGUUUGAUGAGUAAUUAGUUUAUAAUGUGUUUAUAAUGAUUGUUCCAAGAAGAUUCAAAAUAUUAUAUUUAGUAAAAUAGAGCUGAUAUAUUAUGUUUCACGCUAAGAUGAGUAGACCAUCUCAGAAUUAUGGUUCCAUAAGCAACCCAAAUCCUAAUAUAGGCUUCAGUGGAGGCAGUUCUAAUAGCACAGAAUUCAACAGCUAUUGUGAUAAUGUAGUGACAAAUAUAUACACUAUAAAUUCAAGCUUGAAGACAUUGGAUAAUGCUCUUAAAGUGAUAGGAACUAAGAAAGACAGUCCAGGAUUACGCAAUAAAGUACAUGUUACUCAACUCAGCACAAAUCAAAUCGCAUCUGUUACUAGCAAAGAUUUGAAUAAAUUGAAACUUAUAAUAGCAAAGGGUGAUAAGCAGAAGUUACUACAAGUAGAGAAGUUGGAAGGAAAUUUCAAGGAUGCCAUAAACAAGUAUUAUUCUUUGCAAAAGGAACUAGCAAACAAGCAGAAGGCUCACCUCUUAGUUUCUGUCAGCAUUGAGAAUGAAACUGUGCCCAGUGAUUCUGAAGAGCAAAGUCAAGCACAGAUGGUGCGAGAGGCAGCAUUCGAGCAGGACAUGUUGCUAGAGAGAGAAAGCAGGAUUAAACAGAUAGAAUCGGAUAUACUAGAUGUUAAUCAAAUCAUGAGAGAACUUGGAUCUCUGGUACAUCAGCAAGGAGAAGUUAUUGACACAAUCGAAAACAGCAUAGAUCAUGCAGUUGGAAAUGUUGAGGAGGGUACUGAGGAACUUGUCAAGGCAUCACAAUAUCAGAGAAAAUACAGGAAGAGGCUUUUCAUUCUUAUCUGUGUUGGACUUGUUAUAGCGUCCAUAUUGGUUGGUAUUUUAGUGUCAGAGCUGAAAAAAUAAGACAUAUUGUUGUCAGCCUUGAUAUUUAUAUUUUAUCAUUCAACUUGUAUUUUCUAUAACAGUUAAGUAUAUUCUGCUACUCAUUUUGUUAAUUAUUUAAAUUGUUUAUAUGUAUAUUUACAUUAUGUUUUUAUAUUACUAUAAUACAGUCUUAAGAUACAC